ACGUGAGAGGGGCGCCUAUGGCCGAGCGGGCUGAAGCCCGGUGGGCGGAAAGGAAAAAAGAGAAAAAACGGGGGGCGGCUGUGCAGUGACUGCUGCGUGUGCCGGUGAGGGGUAAAGAGCGAGGGCUGGAGAGCUGCGGAAGCUGCAGGGAACGGGCAGCCCAGCGGGUCCUCGUCACCGUGCAGGGGGAAACCUCGAGCGGAGCCGGCGCGGCGAGGGGCGCCCAGCGUCAUGUCAAUGGAGGACCCCUUCUUUGUGGUGAAAGGGGAGGUUCAGAAAGCAGUGAACACUGCUCAGGGGCUGUUCCAAAGAUGGACAGAGCUCCUGCAAGAUCCAUGCACAGCUACAAGAGAGGAAAUUGACUGGACCACUAAUGAACUGAGGAACAAUCUAAGGAGCAUAGAGUGGGAUCUUGAAGACUUAGAUGAAACUAUUAGCAUUGUUGAAGCAAAUCCCCGAAAAUUCAACCUUGAUGCAACAGAACUGAGUGUAAGAAAAGCUUUUAUCACAAGCACACGACAAGUUGUCAGGGAUAUGAAGGAUCAAAUGUCAAAUACUUCUGUUCAAGCACUGACUGAAAGGAAAAACAGGCAGGUGCUGCUGGGAGAAAGUGGAAGUCAUAGUUGGAGUUCUGGGGCUGACAAGUAUGUCCGCUUAGAUCAAGAAAUGCAGUUGGCAAAUUCACAUUUCAUUGAGGAGCAUCAGGCACAGCAGCAGUUUAUUAUUGAACAGCAGGAUGAACAGUUGGAGUUGGUCUCUGGCAGCAUUGGGGUACUAAAGAACAUGUCCCAGCGCAUCGGAGGGGAGCUGGAUGAACAAGCAGUAUCGGCGACAGUGGUGUGCAAUUAUAAUUCUUUUCGUCAUCCUGCUGGUGGUGCUUAUCCUGUUUUUUGUGCUGUGACAGAGUGGAGCUCAGAUACUCUCCUAACUCUCCUAACUCCCUUCUUUUUGAAAGCCCAGACACUGUUUUGUCCAUCAGAGAGAAUUCCCAUCAUAGAAAGCCUGUCCUGUGCGCUUGAUACUGUGAUCUACUAUGGACGGACACCUGUGGCAUGAUGCGCUCUCUCUCUCUCUUUCUCUCAUGGCUCUUCUGCUUAUUAUCCUCAUCAACUGCCAGAGGAAAAAAAGGAAGACUAACAAAUGCCCAAACUCUGCUGUAAUAGAAAGCAACUCCUGUGGAAUUCAGCUGUUGUUGUUUUGUGCUUCUCUGUAAGAGAGGAGAUUUAGAAUGGAAGAAACUAACAUCUGGUCACAUUUUGAUCCUGUGCAGGUAUGAACCACAUUCAGGAAGCCAGCCAGAAUCUUUUCUUCUGCUUGUCAAAACAGGACUCUUGGCAAUGUUAAAAACCAGCAUGCAUGCGCGCACACACCUCUCCCAGGAAAGUAUUCUGCCUACAGGAUUCCUUUCACAGGCCAGCUAUUCAGCUGCCCUGCACCUAAUUGUGGAUCCUUAAAAUAAUAGAAAGGGCUAGCAAAGGCAGCCCCUAAAUUUACACUGCAGAUCUUUCAAUUUUCCUCCAGAAUAGCAUUGUUCAAUUGAACUGCCCAGGGUAAAUGCCUCUGUGCACCCCGCAGCUAAAAUGCUAAAUAACUACAUAGAAAAAUGCAUGGAAGGGGGAGAGUUGUUCAAACAAAAUAAUGUGAAUCUCUGUGAAUCUUGAGAGCACAGACCAUUGCAAAUGCAAACACAACACACCCUUGUUUUGCUCUAGUCUUGCUCCUGGGCUGGUAGUAUUGAUAUCCAUUCAGUAAAGCAGACCUGGCUCUAAUAUGCUUGGAUGAACUUUGAGCAAAUCUUGCUGUGUGUGGUUGGACUGGAAUCAUACAGCGUUGUCCUACCUCAGGCAGCGUUAUCAUUGGACUCCGAUUUUCAGAGCUUUAACCUUUAUUUUACUGCACUGCAAAGCAGGAAGCUAGCAAACACACUGUAGCUAAAGUCUUGACUGCUUUAUUUUUGUUGUUGUUAAAUAUGUUUGGCUUCUGAGAAGAGAAGCUCACCCAUAGGGGAUUUGUUCCUCUCAUUUUCUGCUGCUUCUGUUUGAGCUGGCAUCAUCAGAUCUAACGAGUUGAGGCUUCUGGUCCUAUAUGUAUGUUCUGUGCAUAUUAAAGGAACAUGAUGCACUUCACUUGAUGCACAAACAUAAUAUAGGAGGUCUUGAGUGGUGCUGUCCCUUUAACAUGCUAGAAAUGUUAAAUAAUGGUGCAAAGUCACAACAGAAUAUGGAAGCCAAUAAUUCAUAAUCAUUCCAACCCUGUGAUAAACUAGAAUAGCUUUUCAACUGUUUUAAGUCUGACUUGUCACUUUGAUAGUGUGAUGAAAUUAUGUGCUAAUAAACAGAACCCUGCUUUGCCCUGGAAACCUGACCCACAACUCUGAGGGAGCUGUCAAAGGGUUGUAGAGGAAGUCCCCCAAGCCCUCUACUGUAGCAUAUAGGAGGCUUGUCUUGAUCUCUGCUGAAAGCCAGCUUCUCUUAUGAGAGAGAUUUCACAUCCCGUGUUGUGUGGGGUAGACUUUAAGGUGACCCAUUGUGGACUCUUCCUCUUUAAUGAAGGUUUAUUAAGCCAUGUGGGUUCCACUAGGUUCCAGCUUUCCAGCUGUUGAAGAAGUACAGUAAGUACGGUUUACCACUGAAAUCAUUGAGCUGAAGUAUCUCUUAGUUUGGAUAUAAAAGUCUCUGAACCAAUGUUGGCACUGGAGAAAGGUCUUCUCCAUUUGAAUCAGGCUGUUCACAUAAUGUUUGGAGCUAUCACACCAUCGCCUGGUUAUUUUGAAAAAACCAGAUACCAUCUUUUAAGGCAGAGCAUUUAAGGAAACAUGCCAGUGAUAAUCUCUGUGUGAUUCCAUAUUACCAACUCUUUGGUAAUUAUUCUCCUUGUGGGGAAACUAGCAAGAGUUCCUGGUUUACUUCAAAAGACUCUUUUAAAGGGAUGAUUACUAACAUUUCAUCCAGAUACUUUAGCCUGAAAGUUGAAACAGCUGCUAUUCAGUUGUAGCAUACAUAAGCAAAACAAGCUACGUGGAUUUCUUCUCCCAAUUUCUUACAGCCAGAGAGAGACUGUGCUUCACCCCUCCACCCUGUCCUUGAUAAAAGCCCCCCCAAAGCAGAAGCCAAUCAGGGCCCAGAAUCAGGCUGAGCCUUGGAUCUGAGGGAGGGGAGUCGGGGCAUUUGGCUUGCAAAGCACUUCACUGCUUAUACUCUCUAGUUUUGCAAGGCCCCUUGAUGUGAGAUUGUUUUUAAUGAUGUUGUCUUUGCUCAACUGACGAUGUGGGGAGGCCUAGACCCGAGGUUCCCAGUUGUUUAUGCCAGAUCUUGAGUGGAGGCCCUCCCAUCCCCCGCACUAUUUACUUCCAAGAUGGAAACCUUGAUUUUCCACACCCUGCUGGGUGUAGCCUGCUUGCACAGCUGGGAUCAAUUUAGGUCCCCUGCUUUUCAUCUCUUGUUGAAACUGUUGGUUCACAGGCAUGUGAAGGAGCCAGACUUCUGCAGUUUCCUCCCAAACAUAUGGCUCUUCUCUCCCCUUCCCUCCCUCUAGGGCUUUUUAGAUGGACUAGUCCUAGGCAAAGGGCCUCUGGCCUCUCUUCAGCUCCGAUUUGUUUACACAUUUAAGAAGGGAAUCCAAAGCUGACAGAAUUGGACCUUGGCAAAGCUAGAGUAUCUUGACUCGCCUAUCUCAACUGGAGCUGUGCUCGUGUAAAUAUCAGGGUUGGUCAUCUGUGGUGGGUAGCGUAUACACAGUGAUGAGUGAUCUAAGAUAUAACUGAGCUAUCCAGCAAUUCCUUCUUUGGCUCUACAAGGGUGGUGGUCCUCUUAGGGAAAGCUCUGAUUCUUUAGUGUAAUCAUUUUCAAACUGUCCUGGGAUUCCUUGAAAGUUUAGAAGAGGCUCUUCAAUUAAAAGAUCAGUAAUGGAUGACAAGGUCAGAUUAAAGAGUUGGAUCACCAUUACUACUCUUCCCCAGCAAUACACAAUUAUAGGGGGAGUGGCCUAGGGCCUACUUUUAGUUCAUAUAGCUGGCCAUAAAGUUUAGCAAGCCUGACUUGUACCCCACAUUCUCUGAAUGUGUGCCUUAGCAACUUCUACCAUGUGGCAACUUCCACCUUGACACAAAAGUUUAUGUAGGAAGGGAUUUCCUGAAGGCAGAAAUUUUGAAAACCAUGGCUUCACCGUGAAGGCAUGCUUUUUUUCAUCCCCCCCUUAACAUCUCGGCCCACCCAAGAGAGGGAGAUCAAGCUCUCCACUCCAACUGCUUCCAUUUUACAGAAAAGCUGCUUUGUACACGACACUUUUAAAUACCUGAUGUUGAAAGCCUGGCAGGGCCCUCAGUGCUUUGGCUUUAAAGCCAAAGUGUGCUUAGCUAUCCUUUACUUACAAUUUCACUCUUUAGGUAAAAUGUUUGUUCACUAGUAAAGAUUUUACCCAGGAUUUUAUUUUAGCUGACUAUAGCAUAGAUCCUCUUAAGUGUAUUUUAAAAUGUUCUAUAAAUAUUUUUAAUAUUUUCAGUGAACUCCCUACACUCCACUUCCUAAGAGUGUCAAUACUGUAGUGCUCUCAAGUGAAUUGUACGGUUUCCCCUCUUAAGUCUUGCUUUUAUUUAAUCCACCCCCAACUCACCAAUGUUGCUAAGUGUUGAACUAACAAAAGCCUCUGUGGCUGUGAAUGACUGGCUUUUUAGUAACAAAGGGGACUUUUGUAUGUGUGGACAAUUCUGGCGUGGCUGCUACUUCAGAACAAGCAAAGCUUUUGUUUUGAACUAAAUUCCAUGAAACAAUUAAUUUUUGACAUGGAGCUUGAAACUUGCUUUCAGAAACAAAAGGUAGCCUUUUCCCCUCCAUGGCCACUGCAGAGGAAGGAAAACGCUUCAUUGCUGCAGGUGUUUCCAGCAUAGGUCAGUCAUCGACUUAAAAAAAAUUUAGAAAUGACAGAACAGCUGACCCAUCCCCCUUUCAUACGAAGCUGUUGGUUUUAGUAUCCUGCCAAGUUUUGUAUGUGCCUUAUUGAGAGUUGAGCAACGUAUUGCUAGUGAAAUGAUUUUGGUAAAAUUGAGGGAGUUCUAGGGAUAGUCAUCUAUUUCCAAACGGUGUGUCGAGGCACACAUCUGAUAACAAGCAGGCAGCUGCCCUUCCAUUCGGUCUUGUUUUCUCCUCUCACACUGUUGUCCUUAUUCAUCUCAAACACUGUACCAUUGUUCUGCAGUAUUCCUUUACAUGUAUCAAGGAACUCCAGCAGCCAUAGACCUAUGUGCUAGCAGCAUUAGUGGGCAGCAUCUGCUGAUACUUGUAACAAACAGCAGAGCAAGCCUGUUCCUAGCUGUAUCUAAGCAUUCUGUGGUCGUCUUAUAAAGAUGAAGUUUAUAAACUUCUGAAUGAAUGAAUGAAUGAAUGAAUAAAUGUAUAAAAAUUCUAGCCAAAUUACUUUCUUUUCUACAGCUAUUCCUGUUUAAGUAGUCAAUUCUGUCCUCUCUUCAUGAAGGCCUUUUAAAAUGCCCUGAAAGAAAAGCAGUCUAAACUCAAGUCAACUGGACUCAAUCAGAAUUGACCAGGUUCUAGGAACAACUGGAAAAAGGAGGAGGAUGCUGAGAAUUCCCUCCUCCUCAACUCCCAAGUUCUAGGAGCAGCUGUACCUAUGUGGUGACGACACACAGACUGGGCUGCCCAGGGUAAAGAAGUUGCUUAUGAGUAGGGACAGAAAGAUAGAGAAGGGGCUCACGCACUUAUAGUCAUAUAUAGGAGGGAAUUUUGACAGGUGCAACUUGUCUUGCAGAGAUGAGAAAAGCAGUACCUCUUGAGAGCUGGUGUGGUAUAAUGGCUAAGCACAGAAAUCGUGAAGUCUCCAGCUCAAAUAUCUAAGCCACAAAUACACUAGAUGGCCUUAAACCAACCACAGCCUCAGCCUCCCAUCUCUGCAAUUUGGAGAUUGCAAGGAAAAGUGCUGCUCUUCCCCACUCACCCACCUCUACAUCUGCCUGAUCAGUAUCUUCUAGAUGAAGAGAAGCAAACUUAAAGCAGUCAGAGGCUUGGUCCUCUUUCCCCUCCCCCCUCACCUGAAAAGGGGUGGGGGUCACUAUUUGUACUCGUCCAUUUAUUUCCUGUGUAGAUUUUCUGGGAGUCUAUUAUUUGGGCAUUAAUAUUCUCUUACAUUUAUAUGGCAAAUUAAUUAGUUAUGGUGGUUAUGGAACCUGGAUGUGGUGCUGUUUAAUCUAACUCGUAUACUGUCUGACUCAUGUACCAUUUAGCCUGAUUGAUCUAUUUCAGAUCUGCUAAUCCAAAUGGAAAAAUAACCACAGUAAACAUAUACUGUGCUUACUAUUUUAGUUGCAACAAGAAUUCAUUCUCCUCCCAAAAGAUAUGUGGGGAAGAGGUCCCUUCUUCUGGAAAGAGAACUCUUUAGGCAGUUACCUGUCUACAUCAUUUGGGCAUCAGGUUAUGAAUUGGUUAGCAGUGAAUUUAAACCUUGAAUAAGAAAUAUCUGCAGUCCAUCUCUGAAAUUUACUGUGAAGGUAAUUUGUAGCCAACAUUUUUAAUGAAACAAUGUGGUGGUGAUUUGAAUAGAAGACUAGUCAUGGGACCACAACACAGAUCCUAGGUGAAAACAAACAUCAAGGGAUGGGGAAUGAAUUUAGCAGUGCAACUAAAGUAGUGCCAUUCUGAAAUGUUGUAAAUUGCUGCUUCCUAUUCUUGCUGUUGGAAUCAUGUUACGGCUGUAUAUAAAAAAGGGUAUUGUUACAAGUAUUAAAAGUGAAGAUUGACUUAC